AUGGUGCUCGCCGCGUCGUGCUGCGUGCUCGCGCUCAACCUCUCCGCGCAAAGACGCGUGCUGGGGGAAGCGCAGCGAGCGCUGGCGGAAGCCCUCAAGGAGUCGCAUCUGCAGGCGGAUCUUCUGGAAGCAGAACGGCGAUCAGCGGAAGCUGCGCGCAGGGCGGAGGCGGAGAUCCGCGGAGAGUUAAGGCGGUUGCGCGCGGAAAUGCGGAGAGAGGCGGGGAAGGCGGGAUGGGGGCUGGCGGAGAGGAUCAGGGCGUUGGCGGGGCAGGAAGAGGAGGAAGGGCAAGCGGGGGAACAAGGCGAGGGGGAACGAGCGGGAGGGGGAGAGGAUGGGAAAGAGCGGAUAGAGGAGGGAGAAAAGGGAGACCGAACGGUUUCAGAAGCAGCGAACAUAGGGCAGCAGCAGGCGCAGCAGACAGAGGAGGGAUCGAGUGGGAGGGAGGGGGAAGGUCGAAUAGCGGGCAGUGAGCCUUCAGCAGGGCCUUCAGCAUCUAAACCCAAGAGAUUUUUCGUCUGA